AUGGAGGAGAAGAAGCAGGACAUGGAGGCCCUAGACUAUCGCUGUGUCGAGAAGGUAAUUUCCUCAAUCCGAGUCAAUAUGUCCGUGUAUUUCCAAACUCAUCAACAGCAACAACUACAACAGCCCUUUCACCAGCAGCUACAACCCGCCCACUUCCAGUACCCGGCGCUACAGUACCAGCAGUUCGUGGGCGGCUCAGGACCCACGCCCAUGAUGGUCCCCGGAACAAAUAUCUCGCCGCCCACGAUGAGACUGCCUGCUUACCCUUCGCUUAUGGGCGUCGAUGACUACAAGCAUCACGCCCACCAGACCAGCACGCCCACAGCAGCGGCCCCGACGGCGACUAGCAUGGGCGUGGGCGUGGGCGGCGGCGGCGGCGGGGGCGGGGGCGGCAGCACUCGGAAGGCGCGGUCCUCCUACACGUUCCAGCAGCUGCAGCAGCUGAACCGGCGCUUCCAGAGGACCAUGUAUCUGGCGCAGCACGAGCGGGGGGAGCUGGCCGCCAUGGUGGGCCUCUCGGAGACGCAGGUGAAGAUCUGGUUCCAGAACCGCCGCUCCAAGUACAAGAAGCUGAUGAAGGCGGCGAACCUGCGCAUGGACCCUGACUUCGGCGACGAUGACCUGACCUCGCCGCCCGCCCUCAAACGCCGGCACCUCAUGCGGAGGGCAUGUGGGCUUGGUGGAGGUGGUGGAGGCAGGGGGGGUAGCGGGGGAGUGAGGCCCCUGGUGGUGGCACCCGCGGUGGCGUCGCUCGCGUGGCACCUCUGA